AUGGCAGCAACCAAGCGCCAAAGUGAUAUCGUCGACUCCAAGGUUUCAAAAAGGGCCAAGGUUGACAAGAACCGUGCAAAAAUCAAGGAUGCACCUGCGGAAGAAUUCGAAGGAUUUGACCAGGCGAAGUACGCUUCGGCGCCGGUUUCAGCAAAGGAAAGAUCAAACAAGUCGAAGGAAGAGCAUGGGCCCGCGGCCCAUGCACCUCCCAACAAGUCAUGUUUAAAUGGCCAAACCUCGCGCGAAGCCCAUGCGAAGCAAAAGGCCCUCGCAAAAGACCGCAAGGCUGCCAAACCCCACGCUGACUCCAUCGUCCGUUCGAAGAAGAUCUGGGAGCGUCUGCGCCGAAAAUCCCAUGUUCCCAAACAAGAACGAGACGAACUGGUCAAAGAGCUCUUUGAGAUCAUUUCAGGGCGAGUUAAAGAUUUCGUAUUCAAACAUGAUUCGGUGCGGAUCAUCCAAUGUGCAUUAAAAUAUGCGACUCCGCAGCAAAGGAGGCAGAUCACAACGGAGUUAAAAGGCAGUUACAGAGAACUGGCAGAGUCGAAGUACGCCAAGUUCCUGAUAGCGAAAAUGGUUGUCGGCGAUGAAGAAAGUCGUGAUGCCGUCGUCGAAGAAUUCUACGGUCAUGUAAAGAGGUUGAUUCGCCAUCCCGAAGCAAGUUGGAUUGUGGACGACAUUUACAGGACUAUCGCGACAAAGCAACAAAGGGCCAUCAUGCUUCGAGAAUGGUACGGGCCCGAGUUUGUCAUCUUCAGCAAGGCAAAGACGCACAAGACAUCCAAUGACGAGCAGGUCACAGCUGAACUUUCCGAUAUCCUCGCCGAACACCCCGAAAAGAGAGGCCCCAUCAUGUCUCACCUGCACGAAAUGACCAACCAACUCGUUCAAAAGAAGACCACGGGUUUCACCAUCCUCCACGACGCUCUUCUACAAUACUUCUUGAACUGCAAACCGAGAAGCCCGGAAAUUACCGAGUUCUUCUCCAUGCUCCGCGACGAUGAGGAAGGAGAUAUCUACAAGAACCUCGCCUUCACGAAGUCCGGCUCUCGAUUGCUCUGUCUUUGCCUGUCCCAUGGAAACUCCAAGGAUCGAAGGGGGAUAUUGAAGUUUUUUAAGACGCAUAUUAAACUCCUCGCGGGUGAUCAACAUGGGCAUAAUGUGCUGUUAACCGCGUACGAAGUUAUUGACGACACGGUGAUGACUUCGAAGACAAUAUUUCCGGAACUUCUCAGCAAGGACCUUGAGGGUGAAGCAAGAGAGCAGGAGUUGCUCGUGCAGGCGGAAAAUCUUACCGCACGCAUUCCCCUGCUUUAUCUCAUGUCUGCUGAUGCACCGAAGUGGCUCAUUCCGAAGGAAACUGCUGCACUCCUUUCAGAGGUUCGCGAGAUCAGGAAAGAAACAUCAAAGAAGGAUCCGGAGACGCGCCGCAUGGAAUUGUUGAGGAACAUCGCGCAGCCCCUCCUCGACCUGAUUGCGGUUCAGGCAAGAUAUCUCGCACAGUCGACUUUUGGAUGUCAGUUCAUUAUGGAGACUGUGUUUGGAUGUGCUGGCGUAGGUGAUAUACAGGCCGCACUAGGUGCCAUCGCAGAUUUGGCAACCCAGGAGGUUGAAGGGAAAGAGCAGCAAGAAGAGAACGAAAAGAUUCUUGCUACGCCAGCGGUAGGCCGCAUGCUCAAGGCCCUGGUGCAAGGCGGACGGUUCAACAAAGCAACGAAUGCGAUCCAAUUGGCCAACCCGCUCUUGAAAUUUGAUGAACUGUUGUUCCAGAAAAUCAAAUCGAAGGGCGGAGAUGAAGAAAUCGUGGCCUGGGCAAAUGGACCGAACAGUUUUGUUAUCGUGGCAAUGUCGGAGGCUGAGGAUUUUGGGAUGAAAGAAGAACUAAUGGAUGUGCUGAGAAGGAAUGUGAGGAAAUUGGACCGGGAGAACAGAGGCACCGAGAUCCUUCUAGGGAAGAUUGGUGCCAGCCGUGACGACCGGAUAGGAAAGGGAGAGAGAAAAUCAGCUGUUGAAGGAGACAGUGAUAAUGCCGAGCAUGUGGAUGUCGGUUCGAACAAGAUUGAGAAGAAGAAGGCCAAAAAAGGGAAGAGCAAACCCUAG